UCUGAAAUGCGCACAUAUAUAUGUGAUUUCCCCGGCUCGCGCCUAUAGCGAGCGGUGGAGGGAUAAAGUAUAGCGGAUUCUCGGAAAAACGUUCCUUUUUGCUUUUGCGACUCGUGCGUUAACAGUAAAAAAACUUGUCACACUGAAUAAUCUUUGAUUAUCAAAAGUUAUCAGUUACAUACACUCGACAAUCACCAGUGCUACCGAUUAAUCAACCCAAUUGGAUUCCAGAAGAGGCUGCUCACCUGCAUUCUUCAUCGCGGUGUCCAGCAGGUCCAGAGAGAAUUUAUAUUAAUCGUUUUUCAUUCUCUCUGAUUCGCUUUAUUCUCUCACAAUAAUUUCAUCUCAUAUAUCACUCAUACUUUAUCUCAUUCUGCCUUUCAUUCUCAUUAUUCAUUAUAUUCAAUAUAUAUUAUAAUACUUGAUGCUAAGUCUCUUUGCCACUUUCUGUUUUUGAGCACAUUGUCGAUCCUGCAACAUCAUCAGGAUCAACCUGCACGCAUCGCAGCUGCCCUUGCAGUACCUGGGAAAUCCAGAGAGAUCUUGCUGAAAAGAAGUAGCAGAGGACCGUCACAAUCUACAAGGACAAGUGGCCUUUCAACUUGCUGCAAGGAGUUCCAGCUACUGCUGAGAUCUGAGCUAAUCCAAGAGGGAGAUUUCACCGUCUAACCACUUGCUGAAAUAAAGAAGCUGCAGAGGACCACAACAUCCAAGUUUCUGUCAGGAGUUCCAGCUACUACUGCAACAUCUGGGCUACGCCAAGGGGUAGAGUUCACCAUCUGCUGAUUGUGUAAACCGCCUCAAAGAAUAAGCUGCGCUGAUUAUCGGGAACAAAAUGUCGAAGAAUACGGGCGCGAUUCCAGUGACCGCAGCCGUUUCUAAGCUGUCGGACUUGAUGCCAUCCACCCUCUCAAGGAGCUUCUUCUCUCAGCCCGUCAGCCAAAUGGAUGCGCCGCCACCUAAAAACCUUAAGAAGGAGAAGAAGAAGGACAAGAAAGGGAAAAAAAGCAAGGACAAGAUGGACAAAAAAGACAAGAAAAAGAAGACGAAGCAGGAUAAGCGCGCUAAACUAGAGGCGAAUAAACGACUAUCAUCAUCGCAGCCAGACGUAUUGUUGUCGUCAUCGUCGUCGUGGCAAACCCGUAACAACGGUUUCUCCGCGUCGCAGCCUCAACCGACCCUCAAUAAGAAAUUGCAGGAGCAACGAGCGUCGACAUCCAAACAACAGCAACUACCGAAGCAAGGAUUGUCGACACGUCCGCCGAUGGAUUUUCAGGAGCCAAAUGCUGUAGGAAUUUCAGCAUCUUCCUCGACAGCUCCUCUCACCGCCCCCGAUACUGCGCAAAUGGCCAAGAUUUUGGAGAGAAUCGAUUCGAUGAAUCGACGAAUCGUUACCGUUGGUGCCACCGCGAGUCAUCUUUCCACAAAAACUGACAAUUUGGAAAACCAUUCAAAAUCAGUGGACGAAAGACUCGCCAACAUAGAGAAAUUAAUGAGUUCCAUGCACGAAAUGCUAAAAGAAAUUACUAAUAGGCAGAAGCGAAAGGUGGCAGUUCGUCCUCAAUAUCUGCCCUUUAAAACAUUGGCCGACAUCCUAGCAUUCAGCAGCGACGAGAGCAGCACAGACGAUAGGAGCAGCGGCACCGAGGACGACAACAAUGCACGAGUCUCCGACAGCGAUGCCACCGAUAUUUUUAGAGAAACCCAUUCUAAUUAUUUAUAAUCAGCUAUUUCACUCACUCACUCACUUACUCACUCACUCACACACUCACUCACUCGCUCACUCAUUCACUUACUUCUUAUUAUAUUUAACAAAUUUAUUUAUUUUCAGCUAAAAAGUACACAUGUUGCCUUUUAUAAUGCAUUGUUUUAGUUUUUUCGUGCACAUGUGGACUUUUUAACGUUCUCUGACAUUUUAGUUCAACGUUAUGUUUAUUUUGUUUUAUUUAUAUUUCAUUUAAAUAGAAAAAAUGUCAGGGGGCGUACACGGAGGGGCUACAGCCGUGGAUGAGCCUCACGGAGAGAGGCGAGGUCGGGGCCUCUCUCACCACCCCCCUUAAAAAACCCUUAUUAUUCAUUCUAUUUAAUAUUGUAAUACGUUUUAGUAAUCCAUUCUGCCACUUUCUGUUUUCGAGCCGAUCGUCGAUCCUGCUGCAUCAUAAUCAAGAUCAACCUGCAUGCAUCGUAGCCCUUGCAGUACCUGGGAAAUCUAGAGAGCUUGCUGAAGAAGCUGCAGAGGACCACACACAAUCUGCAAGAACAACAGCUGGACUUCCAACAUUCUGCA